GAUUUAAAGGAUAUCAGUGAAAAACUCUCAGAGCUAAUGACCAAAUUGUCUGAAGCAGAGGGUAGUUUAGCUGACAAAUACUCGGAUUAUCGUAAUCUUCUCAAGGUAAUAAAAACCCGUGAGGCGUCACUCCGCGAACAACGAUCCAAGAAAGAGUCUCUUUGGAACAAGAUAGAAAAAGAAGAGCGUAAAGCCAGUCAUUCAAAACAUCCCGAGACUUUUGAACCAAAGAUUACUGAGUACAAGGAAGAACUUGAAAGAAUAGAGAAUGAGACUAUGGCUGCCGAAUCCGCGCUAGCCGAUUUCAAGCGCGAGAAAUUUAAAGAAGCAAUAACUACUCAGCUAGACGCUUUCCGUCUGUUUGCAGAAAAGUUAAACAUCAUCACUACCUCUGCAAAGGAGGUAGUCGAUCAGCUUCCACUCACGCCAACCAAACCUGGGGAACCUAGACCUCUUUAUGCAGGAAAAGAAAAAACCGCUCAAUUAGUGGCAAACGCAAUGGCAGCUCUUGCACCCUACACUACCCCUUCUUCAACUUCUCAUUUCUCGACUUCCCAUCCAUCCCCAUCUCAUACAUCUCCUUCCCAUACAUCCGCCUCCAAUCGCAGACUUUCACAUCCUCCUCAAUCUGAAACCAUAGCAAGCUACUCACAUUCAUUUAAUGCUGACGUCGCCGCCUCAGCUCCACCUUUAAACGUUAUUCUUCCUAGCGCUACUCAUGGAACGUCAAGGAAUGAAGCAAAUCUUUCGUCGUCGUAUGCACAAAGUGAAGAUUCUAGUGGAGUAGAUAUAAUAAAGAAGGGUGAUCCGAUAAGAAGAGGGGUGUAUGAAGAGGAUCCCAACGAGGCAGAUCAUAGUGACUUGGAGCAGACCGAUGUUGAGGUCGAGAAAGGAAGGAUGGGAACUGCGAAUAGUAGCGCGAACGCCGGGUCUAAAUUCAAGGAAGUCCUUAACACGCCUACGAGUCCGCUUGAACCGAUGAAGGAUAGCUUGGAGAGCAACCAACCUCCUGUAAGUGAAUCUACCGUGAAACCCGUAUCACCCAAGCUUCCACCCCGUCCGCCCACCCCUGGUCCUCCGCAUGCUCCUCCGAUGUCUCCUGACGAUGAAAAUUUCCAUCCUGCGGAAGCGUUGCCCAUAUCACCGGCUACUACCAACGAAGCAGAAAAGAUCAUUCCUAUUUUGAACGAACCCGUAAGCCCAGUUGAGGACGUUGGAGGAAUAAAAACAGAGAUUAGUGAGGAAAAGAAUGACCAGGGGAGCGCGGAAGUGAAGACAGCGGAAGUGAAGACAACGGAAGAACAGAAAGAAAAUUCGCGAGAUAAGAAUAGGUUAUCUGUUGAUCAUCACGGGAAAGAUAGACAUGUCUCGUUUAGUGAUGUCGAAGACGAGAUACCGUAG